AUGAAGGUCCUCAGCCAGGAAGAAGAGAGGGCGCACUACAACGUCGUCCUCAAGGGCGGCGCCAUUGGCGGCACCCUCGGCCUUGUCGGCGGCCUCGCAGGCACCAUGUUCGCCUCGCGACGCUACCCAGCCUUCCGCGCCCUGACGCUCCCCUUUCGCACCUUCCUCGUCACGUCGACGGCGACCUUUGGCGCCAUCGUCAACGCCGACCGCGAGUCGAUCAAGUUCGCCCACUCCAAGGACCCCAUGUACGGCUACCAGGACGCCUCGCAGCAGCGUGCACGAGUUGCGUGGUGA